AAGCUGACGAAAAUAUAACACAUCAAUUAAAAAGUUAUUCAUUUGCUGAGCAGAUUACUAUGCUUACAAAGGUUUUAUAUGAGCAGCGUGUAAAAGCAUUAGUUCCUGAUAACAGAUCUAUAUAUAAUAAAGUUGAAGCAAGAAAAACAAUUAUGAGCUUAUAUUAUAUUAUGGCUGGAAUGCGAAAUAA